AUGGACCUAGGUUCGAAGGUGCUUGAGAUAGUGGCGGCAGGGGCUAAAGCAAAGAAGGCACUGCUGGAAGGUGGGGAGAAAUGGAUCAAGGAGGUUGUAAAGGGGAGGAAGGACCCUGUAGCGGAGUUUUCCAAGGGGAAGAGUAACAUGACUGCGAUGAGACAGGAAGUGGUGACAAUGCUGAAGGACAUUGUCGAUGAUGUUCUGACUCCUCUUGGACCUCUAAAAAACCUGGGAAUGAAGUUCGUGGACACUUUCCAGAAGGUGUUUGAUCUCGUCAAAACCGUGAAGGAAGCUUACAACACUCUGAAGGAAGGAUACCGAACGGCCCGCUCUCUUAUCGACCGUAUUUUCGGACCCAAAUGUCACAAGGAGUUUCCCCGAACCCUCCGACUCGCUGGGGGUGGAUGCAAUGGACAGGGCAGCUACCCUUCUGAACUGAAGAAUGGAGAUGAAUACGAGCAUGAAGGAAUAGAUGUGACAAUAUCUCCUGGCAAAGAGAUUGUGUCUCCGUUUGCUGGAAACAUCAAGCUGUCCGACAAAUCUCAUGAGGUCAUCAUCAUCCCGAAUGCAGGAUCUCUUAAGGACACGGACGUCAUCAUCACGAACAUCAACCCCGACAGCUCCUUAAACAUCCAGCAUCCAAGUGACUAUACAUAUGUGGACAAUCCAGUGAGUGCUGGACAGAAGAUAGGCGUGGCGGCCAACUCCCCGUGUGGGGGUAACGAACACAUUCAUUUCUCCCUGAGACGGAAGGGCGGCUAUGUGGAUCCUACACACUAUCUGGAAGCUAGGGUCCCGAAGAUCCCGGAGUGGGUGCAAGAAUGUGACGACUACAGGGUGGUGUUUAAGUAUGACAACAUAUACGAAGACUGCAUCAUCUGUCCGGACGGUAAAGACAAGGAUGACACCAGUCCAGAGAGAAAAGAAGAGGAUGUUGACAAGCCAGAGGACCUUGAUUCCUCAAAAGAUCCUUCCUCUGUUGCCGACGCAGAAAAUACUCUGGCAACCCUUUUGGAGAAGGCUGGUGCCUUUUUGAAGAAAUUCUCCAUCCGUAACCUGAAAAUGGGGACUAUCAUGGAUAUUCUUGAGAUUCUCGGCCUUGACGAGAGUCAAGAGAAGGUGGCAGAUGUCAUAAGAACAAUCAAGGAGAUGAUUGACAACAAGCCGUGCUUCAACCCUUACCAGAUGACGGAUGACCAGCUGAGGACGGAGCUGACCGAGAGGGGGAUGAGGGCAGAGGGGACUCGGGAACAAAUGAUCAACUCCCUCACCACGCCAUCAAACACCUGUCCGCUCAUGAAGAUCUCGAUGCCCAACAACAUCUACUGCACAUUUGACGACAAAUGUCUUGGACUGGAAUGCUGUGUACAUUUCAACCUCUUCAUGUUCAAAAAGACAUAUAAGAUGAUUGCGAGGUUUGACCCAUGUGACUUGAAAUUUUCUGUCGGUGCUGGGAAGUUCAACACGUCUAUUGGAAUUAAAGGUGACCUGAAGGAUAUAUAUGCAGUUUGGAAAUGA